UCCUUCCGGUUCCGGGAAAAGCUAGGGAGCUGGGGUUGGGAAGAGUCGCACCGAGCGGCGGCGGGGACAAGGACCGGGACGAUGGGGGCCCACUUGGCCCGCCGGUAUUUCUGGGAUGCCGAAGUGGAGCCGGACCCGAACAACAUGCCCACCUUCGACCCUCUGUAUGGCUUCCCGGAGCGCAAGGAACGCGUGAUGAUAGCAACACAGAAGCAGAUGGAUGAUGCUAAGCUCACUCUGCAACAGCGGGAUUAUUGUGCCCAUUAUUUAAUUAAACUGCUGAAGUGCAAACGUGACCAUUUUCCUAAUAUCUUUGCAUGCAAACAUGAGCGGCAUGACUGGGAUUAUUGUGAGCACCAGGACUAUGUCAUGCGCAUGAAAGAAUUUGAACGGGAGCGGCGUUUGCUGGCUAGGAAGAAACGUAUUGAACAAAAGAAACAAGCAGAAGCAGCAUCCUAACUGGCUUCAAGGAGUCUCCUGGUCCUUCUGCAAGCUUCUACAGACCUCAGAGUCUGUUUCGUUGAAAACAAUAAAGACAGUAUCCUGUA